AAAAUAAUAACAAGAAAAACAUCAAUAAUAAUAUUAUGCUAUAAAUACUUAUAGCGUUAUACAACAACAAUAAUAAUGUGCUAUAAAUACAUAAACCGUUGUUAUUUUGUCCGAAUCCCACGGCUGCGCGUUCUCGAUUCCGUUCACAUGAACGAGCCCUCAUCCAUCCUUCGUCUCAUCUGCCUAGUGUGUCCUCUUUUCCCCUCCUGUGUGAAAACACGAACAAGGAUAAAACCUCAGGUUAUAAAAGUGUCAGGAAUGAACCAGAUGGUUGCAACAUGCUGGACCUGCAUUCUGCUCUCUGCUCUCCUGUGUGAACCCAUACUGGCCAAAGGCGGUCGUGGAGGGUCCCGUGGCUCCUCCAGAGGAUCGCCGUCUCGCAGCACCACGUCAGGGAGUUACCGGGGCGGGGGUGCCUACGGUGGGACUCGUUCUCGCUUCAGAGUGGCGGGGCGAUCCUCUCCGGUGAAGGUGGCCAGUGCGGCAGCAGCAGGAGCAGCGGUGGCUCUGAGUGCAGAUAAAUGGUACGCCUCUGCCUACCGUCGCAGCAACACAGGAGGCUCAGAGGAAGAGUUGGAUUAUUACAACAGGACCAAUUACUUUGAUGCACAGAUGUCACACUCCGUUCAGAUACAACCCUUUUCGCAGCUGGUUGUUGUAAUCACGUCAACAUUUUUACCCAUAUAUGGACUCCUCCUCGACUUUAUACCAGAAAUGUUCAAGUGAUUUAUUUAAAAAAAGUCUCUCCUGGAUCUGACUGGACCUGCACAGGACACACCAGCAGGAGAAGUGAAAACUACCCCAGUGAUCAAGGACAUUUAACAAAAAUAUCACUGUACUGUAUGUUUUUACACGUGAAAUCAUUUGCACCAACAAUCACAUGUACAUUACCAGAUCACCUUUAUAGCAAUUUCAGUAUAAAUGAGCCUGGAGCCAAACUCAAGAAAAACCCAAUUUUCUUGCCAAUUUUUUUUACAUUACAUGUACUAAAAAAACAUAAGCCAGCAGUUUUUUAUAAAUAUCCAGGACUCACCCAUGUUUUCUUUAAAGAUUAGAAAAUAUGGUUCACCACAUCACACAUUUCGUCAUGGCAGCAAUUCAAUGCUAACAGGACCAUGGGGUAAAGCCAAAAUUCUUGUCCCAAGCAUCUCUCCACCUACUGUGUAAUUUAUAUCUUUGUAAUGAUACACGUGUUGAUGUUGCCAAUUAUUUUAGUCUGAAAAUGCUGUGUUCACUGUUCCACAGAACUGUAGAGGUUUUUACAGCCUCUCCAUCAUCCAAAAAAGCUCUUACCUGCAUAAACUCUCAGGAGCAAAAGACUGUUCCAUUUCUGUAAGUGCACUCUUAACUUAUGCUACUACUUAAUAAGAUUUGUUACCACUGUCUUUAUGAUAAUAAAUAAUUCAGUUUACACCAA